AUUCUGACUGGCGUUAUACCAGACGGUUAUGAAGAAAUUCAAUCUCAGGUGAUUGCUAGCAACCCAAGACUUAAAACGACAUCUUUCCCUCUUGCCCACCUACUUCCACGCGAUCAAACAGAAUCGCAAGUUCAGCCAGGGACUGUAGAGAAAAAGAUGCAGUCAAACUCAACAUCCGUGUGCAACGAAGCAGGUACAGAUACGGUCGCAUCGCUAGAUGACAGCAUAGUCAGUUAUGAUUAUGCCAACUACUGCCUUACGGAUUCCCUUGACUCAUCAGUUUCUUCGGCCUUGGAAGACCUAAGUCAAUCUAUCCACUGGUCACAAUGCGACAAUGCAUCCAUUACGAAAGUCGACAGUUUUUCCGAAUUAAAACCAGAUGAAGCACGAGAGAAGAUUAAUAAGAAACUUCUGGCUCUAGAACAAGAUUUUGCAAUACUUACUCAACUUUACCGUGUCCACAAACAGCAAGCAGUAGAGACAAACAGGGCGGCGUUUCGCAAAGCUUAUAAGUGCAAUGCUCACAAGUUGAAAGAAAUAGGUCGUGAAAAGGCUGCUUUGAGAGAACAGCUUCGGAGGCUUGAUGUAAAGAUUUUAAGGUCGGACAGCCUCUUGACAGAUGAAAAUUCACAGAACACACAUCAAGACAACAAACCAACUCUAAUCGAUGUGCCAAUAGUAACCACUCUUCCACGGCGUAAAACUCUUCAAUUUCCGUCUUUAUCUGCUGCCGCUACGAUCCGAUUCGGUGGCUGGAAAAAGAGACUUACCUUAAAAAAUCCAGAUCCUGAGGCUUCCACGAACAAACCUGGCCGACAGGAGAACAGAAUAGAAAAUGGUGGUGUGGCUGCCACUACUGCUCAUUUCGCGAGACCAAGGAAUACUAUUUUCCCAUUGAUAUUCCGAUUACCGAAACGUCAAAGCACCACCAAAUCAAAAAUUGUAUCUCAGAUGUGCGAGGAUUCGGAUGCUGAAAAGAAACAUGUCGACCAAGUUGGCCAAGCAUUAUUAAGGGUAAGCAAUAUUCGCAUAGAAUAG